AUGGACGACGGCGAGGACGACGAGACGGUGCUUGACUCACAGGAGGGCGAGCCGCUGCAUCUCCUAUCGGCCCCAUCGCUGCCGGCCACGGCUGCUCAGGCUAUCGCUGGCAGUGCUGCCCAUGUCCGUGCUGCGAAUGCUGCGAUCAUCCACAACUCACCCUUUGCAAAGCCCGGGACGAGCCGUGCUCGGCCGGCAAGCCCGUAUCGGUUCUGGUACGAUCACUUUCCGGACGAGCCGUACCAGUCCACCAACGAGGUGGUUCCCUGGAUCGAGGCUUUCGUCAAGUAUUUUGAUCGGGUCAUCAAGGAAUCGGUGGUAGGUGCAGCACGGCCGGCCCGGAUGGCUGAUCAAACGAUCGUCCCGGAUGGAUGGGGGGGGGCGACCAGCAAAGCAACAGAGUGGAGCGUCCACGAUCUGCAAAACAAGCUCAUGACCCAGCCAGUCCAGAUGCUUUCGGCUCUCGGGCUUGCUGCAUCCGAGGUUCUCGGCACCAUGCUUUCCAGGAUCGACCCGACCUGCUCGCCGCACAUCAUCAAGAAAGUCGUCCGGCUCAGUCACUAUGAGCCCAUCACGCCGCUCAAGGAGCUCAAGGCCAACCUGAUGGGUCGCUUCAUUUCGAUCCGCGGGACAGUUGUUCGGGUGUCGUCGGUCAAGCCCAUCGUCCUGCAGAUGUCGUUUGUGUGCAACAACUGCAACGAGUCUCAGACACUGGCCAUAUCCGACGGCAAGUAUGUUGUCCCAACCAAAUGUGUCAAGUACGGAUGCAAGAGCCGGUCGUUUACUCCCAGCCGAGGUGCAAACAGCGAGACCAGGACCGCGGACUGGCAAAAGAUCAGAAUCCAAGAAAAACUGCCUGACGAGCAGGUCGAUUCGGGUCGUAUUCCGCGCACGGUCGAAUGCGAGGUGACCGACGAUCUUGUCGACGUUGUAACGCCGGGGGAUGUUGUUUCCCUUGCUGGCACGGUGAAGGUGCUGUCCACAGAAGAAGGCAAGCGAGCCACAACUCAGAUGUACUAUCUCUACAUUGACGUCAACUCGAUGGUCAAGGCAGCCUCGGGAUCUAUUGACGAUAUCGCGGACCAGGGCGACGGAAACGACCCUGGCUUCACCAAGGACUUUGUCCAGUUCUCAAAAAAGGACCUUUACGGCAUCCAGGAAGUGCACGAGCAGGGAAACGGCAUCUUCAGGCUCGUCGUCAACUCACUGUGCCCAGCGAUCUUUGGCCACGAGCUUGUCAAGGCUGGCCUCGUGCUCGCUCUGUUUGGCGGACGCCGUCGAGCACAGGAGACCAUCCGGGACAUUGUGAUGCGAAGCGAUCCACAUGUCCUAGUAGUAGGCGACCCGGGUCUCGGCAAGUCACAGAUGCUGACAGCGGCAUGCAAGGUGGCCCCCAGAGGCGUCUAUGUUUGCGGCAAUGCCACGACGACCAGUGGUCUGACCGUUACGAUGUGCAAGGACUCGGAUUCUGGCGACACGGCCCUCGAAGCCGGCGCACUGGUGCUGGGAGACCAGGGCAUAUGUUGCAUCGACGAGUUUGACAAGAUCACCGAGUACCAGGCGCUGCUCGAGGCUAUGGAACAGCAAUCCAUCAGCAUCGCCAAGGCUGGGAUUGUGUGCAAUCUGCCUGCACGCACCAGCAUCCUUGCAGCCGCCAACCCGGUCGGAGGACACUACAACACGACAAGGCGACAGACUGAAUCGUUGAUCAUUCUUGAAAUCUCCACCCACUGCACCGCCUCUACCCACCACAUCAGCAAGUCCAAGACUGUCUCGGAGAACCUCAGGAUGAAUGGUGCACUCCUUUCCCGCUUCGAUCUGGUGUUUAUUCUGCUCGAUCGUCCAGACGAGGCGAUGGACAUGUUCCUUUCGGAGCAUAUCAUGAAGAUAUCGGGAGCACGACCCGGUGGAGCCAUGGGCACCGGAAGCGUCGCCAGCGUCGCCGACGUUGGAACGCUGCUUGACCGUUUGCGGGUUGGUGUCGACGAGGAGCUGGAUCCGAUACCGCCAUCGCUCCUGCGCAAGUAUAUUGCAUAUGCCAAGAAAUACGUCCACCCGCGGAUGAGUGAGGGCGCAGCCGGGGUGCUUCAAGAAUUCUAUCUGACUCUGCGAAGAAAGCAUCGCAGUAUCGAUUCGACGCCGAUCACCACACGCCAGCUCGAGUCCAUGAUUCGGCUUGCCGAAGCCAGGGCUCGCGCGGAGCUGCGCGAGCAGGUGACCGAGGAUGACGCGCGAGAUGUCAUAGAGCUGAUGAAGUUCAGUCUGUGGGAGACAUAUGAAGACGAAAUCGGGCAGAUGGACUUUGCGCGGUCGCAACAUGGCACCGGGAUGAGCAAGCAGGCCGAGCCCAAGCGAUUUGUGGCCGAGCUCAGCCAGGCGGCGCGGAUUCGAGGAACAAACAGGUUCAGUUACGACGACCUGUACCAAAUCGCAAAGGAUAUCGGUCUCAAGUUUGAUCGGUUCGGCGACAUGAUCCAAUCCCUGAACAACCACGGAUAUCUGCUCAAGAAGGGGCCACGGUAG